AAAGUACACAAUGAUUUCAGGAGGAGAGAGAGAGAGAAAGAGAGAGGGAGGACGAGAGAGAGAGGGUGUGUGUUAGAGAGAGAGAAAGAGGGAGAGACGGGAAAAGAAGGAGGCGGUAUUCAACAGGCUGAGCUGUAUCGUCGUUGUGAGAGGGACUUCUGACUGACAAACACAACUACUACACUCCUUUCUCACCCCAGCACUACCAUCCAGAGUGUGUCGCUUUAGAACUCACCGAUAUCUGCAUCUGGAAUCUGGUCAGGAGUUGGUCCUUCUCUUCCUCGCUCUCAUCAUCCAUCUCACUUCCCUGCAGCCUGACAUCAGAGAAGCCAGUAACUGGGAAGGGCUGGAUGGCACCAGCCUUUUUCAAACUCUUGGUAGGUCCCUGAAUCAGACAACGUGGAGACAACCAAACACUCUGAGAAGUCGCCUGAUCUACCAGCAGCGCUUUUCAAGAUGGCAACCAACAGGGAGCACCAAGUUCGUCACAUGACUGGCUUCCCCCGUGCCAUGUAUCCAUUCACCUUUAACCCGAUGCGGAGCCACUCCCCCUUCGACCUGCUGGCAAGUAGCCACCUUUUCAGCCGGUUUGGGGCAGACCUUCCCAAAGAGAUGGCUGCGUUGUCGGUGGAGACUCAGAGCACCAGCUCAGAGGAGAUGGUGCCUAGCUCUCCUUCCCCACCUCCUCCUCCUCGGGUCUACAAGCCAUGCUUUGUUUGCCAGGACAAGUCAUCUGGUUAUCACUAUGGAGUGAGCUCCUGUGAGGGCUGCAAGGGCUUCUUUCGGCGCAGUAUCCAGAAGAACAUGGUGUACACCUGCCACAGAGAAAAGAACUGUCAGAUCAACAAAGUUACCCGCAACCGCUGCCAGUACUGUCGGCUGCAGAAAUGCUUUGAGGUUGGCAUGUCCAAAGAAGCCGUGCGAAACGACAGAAACAAGAAGAAGAAGGACGUGAAAGAGGAGGUGCUGCUGCCAGAGAACUACGAACUGAGUGGUGAACUGGAGGAGCUGGUUAAUAAAGUCAGCAAAGCACACCAAGAGACCUUUCCAUCUCUGUGCCAACUAGGAAAAUACACUACAAACUCAAGUGCAGACCACAGAGUACAGCUGGACUUGGGCCUGUGGGAUAAGUUCAGUGAGCUCUCCACUAAGUGCAUUAUAAAGAUUGUGGAGUUUGCAAAGCGGCUACCAGGCUUCACCACGCUCACCAUUGCUGACCAGAUCACCCUCCUCAAAUCUGCAUGUCUGGACAUCCUGAUGUUGAGGAUAUGCACACGCUACACCCCGGAACAGGACACAAUGACCUUUUCAGAUGGCCUAACUCUAAACAGAACCCAGAUGCAUAAUGCCGGCUUCGGCCCGCUCACAGAGCUGGUGUUUGCCUUUGCUGGCCAGCUGCUGCCGCUGGAGAUGGAUGACACAGAGACGGGUCUACUUAGUGCCAUCUGCCUCAUCUGUGGAGACCGUAUGGACCUGGAGGAGCCGCAGAAGGUGGAUAAGCUGCAGGAGCCACUUCUAGAGGCUCUAAAGAUCUACACCCGCCGCAGACGCCCCAACAAGCCUCACAUGUUUCCCCGCAUGCUGAUGAAAGUCACUGAUCUCAGGGGAAUCAGCACCAAAGGGGCAGAGAGAGCUAUCACAUUGAAGACAGAGAUCCCCGGCCCCAUGCCCCCACUCAUAAGGGAGAUGCUGGAAAACCCAGAGGCCUUCGAGGACAGCAGUGACUCAGGGGACAGUACUGCAGCCGCUCCCCCCGCCAUUCAAGCUAUCAAACAAGAGGACAAGGCAGCGUAUGAGUCGCCCGCAGAGGAGGAAGAGGAGGAGGAAGAGGACGACUACUGGGAUGAGGAGAAAGAGAGAGGCGCAGACAGUGACGGAGAAGCGUUGGGGGAGGCAGUAGUGGGGGGGCAGAAGAAAGGUGUGACUAGAAAACCACAGUGAGAGAAACUUAAUGAUGCUGUUGCCCAGCAAUAUCUCCUCUCAGAAUCCAAUAGACUAUUUUACAACAGCAGUGUUGCAUACAGCUUGUGUUUACAAAGUCUGUAUGUUACAUCUGAAAGGAAAAUGUGUAGAAUUCAGAAUAGGAGGCAAAAAAAAAACCUGAGAAGAGAAAGCACUAAAAGUCAGUGGGUUGAGGAGAGCAGCGUAAAAAUCACUGUGCCAAAACAAGACUAAAUGAAAGAUGUUUCAAAGUGUUUCGUCUACCCAAAGAGGAAUAGUUUGUGGUGGAUAGAAGAAAAUGCACUCCUCUGCUAUCUAUAAGGGCUAUGCUUUGUAUAAAAUUGAUGGUAAAAAUACAUUGCAGUAACAGAGCUCCAUGUGGCGCCCAUUUGCCGCAAAUGUCUUCGCAGAAUUCCUUUUAUUACUAUUCAGAGAUAUGCUACUUAUUUUUUUUAUUGUAUGUUUUUUUUUUAAGCAUGUACACAUUUCUGUUCUUUCUUUGUGCCUGUUUGUGGGAGUCUGUAUUGCUUAUUGUAUAUCCUCAUUCAGUCCUGACAUUUUUACUGGACAUACGUGUUUUUUUUAAGUGUCAUUAAUGUUAUGCAUUUUUGCUUUAUUGGGGAAAAAGAAAGCAAUAGUAAAAACUUGUAGAGUUAGUAGACAGCAAUAGCACAGAAACACCAAGUCAUGAGCAGGACUCUAAAUUCACAUUGCACAUGAUAUAAAGGUAGAGGUCUAACUUUUAUAUCAGCUCUGGUGCUUGUGGUCCAAAAAAGACUCCAACAAAGAAUGCAAAACAAAUGCAGCAGCCUAUAUCCACCUCUCAAAAACACAUCAAAUAUUUUAUGAAAAAUGAUACGACUGAAGAAUCUGCAGGGUAGAUUUAAUGUAAUUACACAGUCUCAGGUUAAUUGUCAGUAUAGUAUUCUGUUGGUGUGUAUGCUCCAACAUAACACCCCAAAAUCCUCAAUCCAAAAAACCUCCAUCAAACAAGGAUUAUGGAUUUUUUCAAAGUUUAAAUUUUUGACCAUGUUGAACGUGUGCAACCAGGUACUGGAAAGCCAUAAUGUUUUCAUUUUGAAAACAAAGAAUAAUCCAAACAUGACAGCAGUUUACUUCACAUGAAACCUCAGGUGUGAUUGUGUGAGUGUGUGUGUCUUUCUUUGCAAGAGUGUGUAACUGAGAGCAUUUAGCAUUAGACAGAGUGAUGUAAAUUUUGUUGAGACUGCCAAAAUCCGUUAUGAGCCUUCAUGCAGGAGACCAGCUUGCAUUUUAAAAAAUGCACAUCAAACAGGUUUCCUCACACCCUCUUGUAAACAUUGUCUUGGCUCAGCUAAAGACAGUAAUACAUUUUGAUAGCAAUGUAAGCUGACCAAGAAGGAGUUUGUAACCGUCCAAAAUCGCUGAAGACAAAACAAUGGCCUGUCGCCGGAAGCACAGGUUGAUGAUGUGUGCUGUAUCCCUUGAGCAGAGCAAACAUGGAUUUUGUAAAAUAAAUACUUAAUGUUUUCUUUGUUUUGAUUUUUAAUGUAAGUCUUGCUAAACUCAUCAACAGUUGUAAGGGAAAGAUCCUCCAUCAGCAUAAAAUCAGUAGAUGACAUUGCAGCAGCAGAGCUGUAGUAUAUUUUUGGUGUUGAAAUCAAUUCAGAAUAUGAAGCUGAGAUAAAGGACUGCAUGUUGCUGAUCAUGCAUGGGUGGUUCUUGAAGUAAGAAGAAGAGGAAAAGAUGCAGAGAUUACAAGCUGAUCAUACUUUUAGGCAACGGCUCUGAUGUCAUGCAGCCAAGAAUAGACAAGUUGAUUUGUACAUCAACACAGACACUAAGAUGAUGUUUACUGUUAGUUGUGAUCUUACAGGAUGGAAACUCAUAACCACGAGUUAAGGGAACACAACUCCUCUUAUGUACACACCAAAAACACACUCAAACAAUACUUUGCACAUUAUCAGCCAACUCUAUAUACUUUUCAAGUAUUAAAUGAAAUUUCAUAAUCACAUUAUCAUGAUACUACAUAAUAGUUUUCCUCUUGUUUUUAUUGUAAUAUCUGUUUCUAUCCUUAAAAUUGAGCUGGUGCAAUAGAAAAGCCAUGAAAGAGGUCUCAGGCCUCAGCUCUGUGUGGAAGCAUGUGAGUGCAAAAAAGACCAAAGAUAUCAAGUCACAUUUGGACACAAACAAAACAUUAAGUGAUAAAAAGGAGUUCUUCUAUGUGAAAUAAAAAAACGUUGUAAUAUAGGAGAUUUCAUGAUCUCAUGACUUUUAAAGCUGGAACCAUCUUAUCUCUGUUACAUUGUGUUGUUGUUUUAUAACUUUUUAUAUUUUCAAUGUUUGUAGUUUUCAAGUUACUUCAUGUUCAGGGAUUUGGACACCUCAUGAGUUUUAUUUCAGAUGUACCAACAUAGCUCUGAUACACACAGUUAAACAAAGACUGGGCUGAUGUGUUCUUGUUACAUUUUUAUUUGUUGCUUAUUGUUUGCUGUUUUGUUUAUACGUUGUUGUCUUUCUUGUAUUUUGAUAAAGGCGCUUUUUGUCCUCAGA